AUGAUGUUCAUGCGGAACGGAUGGGUCUCGGAUGCCCCAUUCACGCUCAACGGAACGAACAUAUCCGAAUGCACCAGCUACGUUUAUCUGGGUCGGGAACUGAACAUGAUGAACGACCUGAUCGCCGAGCUGGGCAGGAGGAGACGAGCGGCUUGGGGAGCAUACAAGAGCAUCGAGGGUGUAGUGAAGAAGAGCAGGAACACCCUAUAUCCACUUGUAUAUGGACACCGUAUCUCAUGCGGCAAAACUUCCCGGUGGCCUAAACGUUGCCAUUUCACUCUAGAACGUGUGUUCCAUGCAUUCACUCUCAUCUUCGCAUCCACUGAAAUUUCGGAAUUCGUUAGAUUGGGUAGAAGGGUCGGAAUGAUCUUCGUAAAAACCCUCUCGGGUCGGACAUUGACCCUCGAAGAGGGCAAUGUCUUGGACGUCAAGUCUCGUAUUGAAGCCCUUGAAGGACUCAGUGCGGAGGACCAGAGACUGAUAUUCGCUGGUCGUCAGCUGGAGGAUGAUGACGAGGUGGAGCCAUAUUCGACACUUCAUCUGUCUUUGAGACUUCUUGGUGGAGCUAAAAAGAGAAAGAAGAAGGUAUACACCACUCCCAAAAAGAUCAAGCACAAGAGAAAGAAGGUCAAGCUCGCUGUCUUGAAGUACUACGAGGUAGACGAAAACGGUAAAAUCAGGCGUCUACGCAAGGAAUGUCAGUCCCCAUCAUGUGGAGGAGGCGUUUUCAUGGCUGCCCAUGAGAACCGAUACUAUUGUGGACGAUGCCAUGAUACCCUUGUUGUAGAAGAACCCGUUGUUACCUCUAAAGGCAAAGGUGGCAAGGGAAAGAAGUAA